AUGCACCGUUCCAGCCAAGCAAGCCACAAAAAUGACAUCUCGACGCAGGCCGUUGAGAUGGUUGAACACCCCACUCGAACAAGCUCCAUGCAGCCUAUAGAGAAACAUAAACCUCCAAAGCCGGUCCUCGAUCUCCCGAAUGACGCCUACCACCUCCUCGACGAUGCCAGCAGUGAUCUUGGAAAAAGCCCUCUUUCCGAAGAAGAUGCGCCCUAUGCCCAUUUACCGCAUGACGAGAAGCAAAUCCUCAAAAGCCAGCUGGACCAGCCAAGUCCCAGUAUUUCACUCUUUGGGCUUUACAGAUUCGCGUCUCGUCGAGAUUUGAUUAUAGUGUUUAUCAGCGCCAUUUGCGCAAUCGCCGCCGGGGUCUCUCAGCCCUUAUUUAUGGUCAUAUUCGGUUCAAUGACAUCCAGCUUUUCCAAAGUCUCAGUCGAUCUCAUGAGUAAAGAUGCCUUCAUGACCGAGCUCAACCGAAAUGUCGUGUAUUAUAUCUGUCUGGGAAUCGGGGAAUUCAUCGUGGUGUAUAUCUGUAUGGUCGGCUUCAUGCAUACAGGAGAACGCAUUACGCAGAACAUUCGUGAAAAGUAUCUCGAAGCUAUUCUACGCCAGAACAUCGGCUAUUUCGAUAAGCAGGGCACGGGAGAAAUCACUACCCGCAUCACGGCUGAUACCAACCUGAUCCAGGAGGGUCUAUCUGAGAAGGUCGGCUUGACCCUAACCGCCAUUUCUACAUUCACCACUGCUUUCAUUGUCGCCUACUCCAAAUAUGCUAAGCUAGCCGGUGUCUGUACUUCAACUGUGAUUGCAAUUCUGUUGAUCAUGGGUACCGGAUCUCACUUUAUCGUCAAAUAUAGCAAACUUUCCUUAGAUUGCUACAGCGUAGGUGGAACAAUUGCCGAAGAGGUGAUUAGCUCAAUCCGCAAUGCCACUGCAUUUGGCACGCAGGAUAAACUCGCCAGGCAAUAUGAAACUCAUUUGGAGAUGGCUGAACGAUGGGGAAUGCGCCUUCAGAUGGCGGUGGGUGUCUUGAUAGCAGCAUUAUUCUCUAUGAUGUUCAUGAACUAUGGUCUAGGAUUCUGGAUGGGCUCUCGAUUUUUGGUCAAGGGUGAAGUCGAAGUCGGACAGGUUAUCACGAUUCUCAUGUGCAUCCUCAUGGGGUCCCUUAGUUUGAGCAACAUUGGACCUAAUGCCCAAGCCUUCACGAACGCUGUGGCUGCUGCAACCAAGAUAUUCGGCACCAUUGAGAGGACCUCUCCUAUUAACCCUACUUCCGAUGAAGGAAUUAUUCUUCCAGUUGUCAAGGGAGACAUCCGAUUCGAUAACGUCAAGCAUGUUUACCCCUCUCGUCCCGAUGUCACAGUCAUGCAGGGAAUGACUCUUGAGUGCCGCUCUGGUACGGUUACAGCUCUUGUUGGACCUUCUGGUUCUGGUAAGUCUACAGCCGUGGGCUUGGUUGAGCGAUUCUACCUGCCUGUCAGUGGUACGGUGACUCUUGAUGGACAUGAUCUUCAAGGUCUCAAUCUGAGAUGGCUUCGCCAGCAGAUCUCCCUCGUCAGCCAAGAGCCGGUUCUCUUUGGAGCUAGCAUUGGUGAGAAUAUUCGGCACGGAUUAGUCGGCACUGACUAUGAGUUUGAGCCUGAAUGGAAGAUUCAAGAUCGGAUCGAAGAUGCGGCCCGAAUGGCCAAUGCGCACGACUUCAUUGUUAAUCUCCCAGAGGGAUAUGACACCAACGUUGGACAGAGCGGGUUUCUACUCUCUGGUGGACAGAAGCAGCGUAUUGCAAUUGCUCGUGCUGUCGUUUCAGACCCUAAGAUCCUACUGCUUGACGAGGCUACUUCUGCUCUCGACACCAAGUCUGAAGGUGUGGUGCAAGCCGCUCUUGACAAGGUCGCUGAAGGACGGACCACUAUUGUCAUUGCCCACAGGCUGUCAACAAUUAAAAACGCGGACAACAUCGUGGUCUUUGCCAAGGGUGCAAUUCAAGAACAAGGCACUCACUCCGAGUUGCUUAUCAAGAAGGGCCACUAUCACCGCUUAGUUGAGGCACAGUACAUUGUUGAAACCAAGAAAGAUAGCGAAGACAGCUGUCCCGAUGUGCCAGUACGCCAGUCUACCACCUCCAAGCGUAUCAAAUCCAUGUGGCGUGGGUCUAUGGCGAGGCCGGAAUCUCUCUUCCGACGUGGCUCUGUCGCUCAUUCGAUGUUCCGCCGCACGUCUAUGGCCCAGCAUCAUGGGGGAUCUUCGAUGCGUCCCCAUUCGAUGUUCAACCCUGCAAUGCGUGGCUCAUGGAACCGUGGAGCGAUGAUGCAUCCGUCCGUAUUUACCCCAACCAACAACUCGCGAGCUACCAUGCUGCUCCGUCCUGAAGAUCACGCAGCCCUUGGCAUGUUCUCACAGGAUAUUUCAAACACCAUGGAUGCCAUCCAACAAGUCAACCCUACCGAGUAUUUGCGUCGUAGUUUCUUCGGAAUCGAACCUGUGGACGAGGACCGCGGAUCCAUAUCGAGCUUUAUUCUUGCAGAAGAAGAGCCGGAGAAGCCCGAACACUACUCAAUCUUUUCACUCAUCAAAUUCAUUCUCGGAUUCAACAGCAAACAAAAGAACAUCCUAGCUGUUGGCUUCAUCUUCUCAAUACUCGCUGGCUGUGGUCAGCCCACCCAGGCUUACCUAUACUCCCAAGCAAUUGCUGCCAUGUCUCUUCCCGUCAGUCAAUACACGAAGCUUCGCUCCGAAGUUGACUACUGGUCAGCAAUCUUUCUUGUCACUGGUAUUUUGCAAUUCUUCACCUCUGCAACCAUGGGAAUUGCAUUUGCAUACUGCUCCGAGCGACUUAUUCGUAACGCUCGGAGUCGGGCUUUCCGCGCCAUCCUCCGACAAGAUAUCAAUUUCUUCGAUCGUGAAGAGAAUAGCGUCGGUGCCUUGACUUCCUUUCUAUCAACUCAAACCAAGGCACUGGCUGGUAUCAGUGGACAAACAUUAGGAACUAUCAUGUCGUGCACUACUACGCUCGUCACAUCCCUCACAAUUGCCUUGGCCUUUGGGUGGAAGUUGGCUCUCGUUGUAAUGUGUGGCGUUCCCAUCCUUCUAGGAUGCGGCUUUUACCGUUACGAAAUGCUCGCUAAAUUCCAGAGCCGCUCAAAAGAAGCAUACGCUCGGUCUGCUGCUUAUGCUUGUGAAGCUGCAUCCGCUAUUCGAACGGUAGCGGCUCUUACCCGUGAGGCUGAUGUGGCCGAGACAUUUCAUCAACAGCUAGAGGCGCAGACUCGUAAGAGUCUGAUUGCGGUUGCUAAGUCCUCGACUAUGUAUGCCGCCUCCAUGGCUAUGGUGUUUUUCUGCGUUGCGCUUGGGUUCUGGUGGGGUGGUACACUUGUUGCGAGAGGCGAGCUCAACACACUUCGGUUUUUUAUCUGUUUUACCGAAGUCCUCUUUGGUGCCCAGUCUGCUGGCACUAUGUUCUCAUUCUCAGGCGAUAUGGGCAAGGCUAAGAACGCUGCUAUACAGACCCGUACCCUGCUGGAGCGUGAACCCCCUAUUGACACCUGGUCUGAGAGAGGUGAGCGUGUUUGGAAGAUGGAAGGCGAGGUCGAGUUCCGUGAUGUUCACUUCCGCUACCCUACUCGCCCUCAACAGCCUGUCCUACGUGGUCUGGAUCUGACUGUCAAGCCUGGUCAGUAUGUUGCUCUCGUGGGACCCAGUGGAUGUGGGAAAAGUACAACGAUUUCCCUCCUGGAACGCUUUUACGAUUGCUUAGAUGGUGGAGUGUACGUCGAUGGCCGGAACAUCGUCGACUUGAAUGUUAACUCCUAUCGUGAGCAUAUCGCGUUGGUCAGCCAGGAGCCCACUCUAUACCAGGGUAGCAUCAUGGACAAUCUUUUACUUGGGGUUGAAGGGCGUCAAAUCACGGAGGAGGAUGUUGACAAGGCUUGUCGGGAUGCGAACAUUUACGAUUUCAUUGUUUCUCUACCGUAUGUUUACCUUGAAACUUUCCCUCUGCCGAAAGCACUAACUCAUAUCCUAUAG